GGCGGGACGCGGUCCCGUGCGGUGGCGGCGAUGUCUCUCGUGCUGCUGAGCCUGGCCGCGCUCUGCAGGAGCGCCAUGCCCCAGGAGCCGACUGUUCAGUGUGGCUGUGAAACUGGGCCAUCUCCAGAAUGGAUGGUCCCACAUGAUCUGACCCCAGGAGAUUUGAGGGACCUCCAAGUGGAACUUGUUAAAACCAGUGUUGCAACGGAAGACUAUUCAAUUUUGAUGAAUGUAAGCUGGACACUCCGGGCAGAUGCCAGCAUCUGCUUACUGAAGGCCACCAAGAUCUGCGUAACAGGCAAAAGCAACUUCCAGUCCUACAGCUGUGUGAGGUGCAAUUACACAGAGGCCUUCCAGAGUCAGACCAGACCCUCUGGCGGCAAAUGGACGUUUUCCUAUGUAGGCUUUCCUGUGGAGCUGAACACGGUCUAUUUCAUUGGGGCCCAUAAUAUCCCCAAUGCAAACAUGAAUGAAGAUGGUCCUUCCAUGUCUGUGAAUUUCACCUCACCAGGCUGCCUGGACCACACAAUGAAAUAUAAAAAAGAAUGCAUCGAGGCAGGAAGCCUCUGGGAUCCCAACAUCACUGCUUGUAAGAAGAAUGACAAGACAGUAGAAGUGACAUUUACGACCAGCCCCCUUGGAGAGAGAUACCUGGCUCUUAUCCAACAGAACAUCGUAAUCGGGCACUCUUAUGUGAAGGAGGUGCACCAGCACAAACAAACACGAACUUCAGUAGUGAUUCCAGUGACUAAGGAAAGUGAAGGUGCUAUGGUACAGUUGAUGCCGUAUUUCAACACUUGUGGCAAUGACUGCAUCCGACGCAAAGGAACUGUUGCGCUUUGCCCACAGACAGGUAUUACCUUCCCUCUGGAUAACAACAAAGGUGUGCUAAGAGGCUGGCUGCCUCUCCUCCUCCCGUCUCUGCUGGGAGUCACCUGGGUGCUGGCGGCUGGGAUCUAUCUAAUGUGGAGGCACGAAAGGAUUAAGAAGACUUCCUUUUCUACUGUCACACUACUACCCCCCAUCAAGGUUCUUGUGGUUUACCCAUCUGAAAUAUGUUUCCAUCACACAGUUUGUUAUUUCACUGAAUUUCUUCAAAACCACUGCAGAAGUGAAGUCAUCCUUGAAAAGUGGCAGAAAAAGAAAAUAGCAGAGAUGGGUCCAGUACAAUGGCUUACCACUCAGAAGAAAGCAGCAGAUAAAGUCAUCUUUCUUCUUUCUAAUGAGGUCACUGCAGACUGCGAUGGAACCUGUAGCAAGAGUGAGGGCAGCCCCAGCGAGAACUCCCAAGACCUGUUCCCCCUUGCCUUUAACCUUUUCUGCAGUGAUCUAAGAAGCCAGCCUCUGCACAAAUAUGUGGUGGUCUACUUUAGAGAGGUUGACACCGCAGAUGAUUAUAAUGCUCUCAAUGUCUGCCCCAAAUACCACCUCAUGAAGGAUGCAACUGCUUUCUGCACAGAACUUCUUCAUGUCAAGCAGCACGUCAGUGGAAAAAAGAUCACAAAUCUGUCAUAAUAGCUGCUGCUCCUUGUAGCCCACCCAUGAAAAUGAAAGAAGAGACCUUGAAGCCUUCCUAUCCUACUAAUUCCAGGGGAAAAAAGCAUUUGUGAUGACCCUUAAGCUUACUGUACAGCCUACAAGUAGCCUAGUAAUGAAAAUACCUUAUGCCAAUAAAAUUGUUACAAAUACUAA